AUGUCCGUGACAUUACACACCACAAAGGGCGAUCUCAAGCUCGAGAUCUUCUGCGAGAGCGUGCCUAAGACAGCCGAGAACUUCUUAGCCCUCUGCGCCUCGGGGUACUACGACCGCUCGCCCUUCCACCGACUCAUCCCCAGCUUCAUGACACAGACCGGCGCGCCCGCCGAACCCAACCCACCCGAGAAUCCAAAGGGCGGCAGAUCCAUAUGGGGUGGUACCUUUGAGGAUGAGCUACGGCCGACGCUCAAACACAAUGCCAGGGGCAUCGUCUCCAUGGCCAACAAAGGACCGGCGACGAACGGCUCGCAGUUUUUUAUCCUGUUCGACAAGGCGCCGCACUUGGACGGGCUGAAUACGGUCUUUGGCAAACUCAUUGGCGACGAGAGCCUGGCUACUCUGCACAAGAUCGAGACGACGGAGGUGGAUAAGAAGAGCAGGCCAAAGGAGAAGAUUGUCAUUGAAAAGGUCACGAUGCACGCCAAUCCACUAGCGGGUUGA